CACCACUUCACCCGCCCCGGAAAAUGCCAGGCGCUUACCCGGUAGAAAAGGAUACAGCGAAACUCGUAGCCGACGUGUGUAGCAAAAACAAGAAGGACCAUAGAGUCACUGAAGGUUUCACAGUGAAAGCCAUGAUGAAAAACUCUAUUGUGGUUGGUCCUUCAUCUGCAGGAGCUUUUCGAGAGAGACCUUCUGGACCGACUGCAUUUCGCAAGUGCUACAAACGAGGCGAUUUCCCUAUAGCCCUGGAGCACAGCACAAGAGGAAACCGAAUAGCUUGGAAGGUGGAGAUUGAGAAAUUGGACUACCACCACUACCUGCCUCUGUUCUUUGAUGGUCUCUGUGAGACUGUGCACCCCUAUGAGUUCUUUGCACGCCAGGGAAUUCAUGAUAUGCUGGAACAUGGUGGCAUGAAGAUCCUUCCUGUUAUUCCGCAGCUCAUAAUCCCAAUAAAAAAUGCACUCAACACUCGGAACAAGCAAAUCAUUUGCACCACUCUCAAAGUGCUCCAGCACCUGGUCGUGUCAGCUGACAUGGUAGGCGAGGCCCUAGUGCCUUAUUACCGUCAAAUCCUCCCCGUCUUCAACAUCUUCAAGAAUGUGAAUGUCAACACAGGAGAUGGCAUUGACUACAGCCAACAGAAGAGAGAAAACAUAGGAGACCUCAUUCAGGAGACUCUGGAGAUCUUUGAGCUGUAUGGAGGGGAGGACGCCUUCAUUAACAUCAAGUAUAUGAUCCCCACUUAUGAGUCUUGCAUGUACAACUGAUUAGGAGAAUAAACAGGGCAAACUAAGUAUGUUGUAUUAAUUUUCUAAUGAAUCAAUGGAUUAUGUGGAGCAUCAUGCAUGAUAACACCUCUGCAUGAACCACAAUGGUGUUCUUGUCUGUUUGUUACUCAAUAGUUACAAUACUUCUUUAUGUAAGUGCACAUUGAAGUUUUGACUGAAAUCUCAGGCUCUGAACAAUAAAAGUAAUUUUCGUACACAAUUAGCUCAUUGUCAUUCGGUGUCUACUCACCCUGGACUGGAGGUGAUUUCACAGAUUUUAACUGGAGAACUUAGAAUGGAAGUUUUAUAGGUGUGCUGUAGCUGAAUCCCAGUUAAGCCGCUGUAUCUGCUGGUUUCAGUGAUUAUAUGCUACGAAAGAUAAAACAUUCUGAAUGAUUCUGUUGUUUGUAACAUCUAAUAUGCAUUAAAGCAUUCCAGCUAGAA